GACCAUGACUGCAUUUUGUCGCGUGCUGGGAAUUCGAGGAUCGCUGAGGGCAGCCUACGUUGCCAAUGGCCUCAAAACCACAGCCAGGCGCUAUGCAACGGCGUCAGAACCGUUGAAACGUACCGGCCUGUACGAUUUUCACGUCGCAAAUGGCGCCAAAAUGGUGCCUUUUGCUGGAUACUCCAUGCCUCUUGCUUAUGGCGAUGUAGGCCAAGUUGCAAGCCAUAACCAUGUCCGGAACAGCGUCGGAUUGUUCGACGUAGGACACAUGGUCCAGUCCAACUUCCGGGGUGCAACGGCAACUGAAUUCCUGGAAUGGUUGACACCUUCGUCACUGUCCUCGCUCCCAGCCUACAGCUCCACGCUUUCCCUGCUCCUCAACGAGAAGGGAGGAAUCAUCGACGAUACUAUAAUCACAAAACAUGCCGCGGAUGCGUUCUAUGUUGUCACCAAUGCUGGACGCAGGGAACGUGAUUUGGCUUGGAUCAAGGAGAAGCUGGAGGAGUGGAAUAACAGUGAGGCUGGGAAGAAGGGUCCUGUGGAACUCGAAGUCCUUGAGAACUGGGGUCUUUUGGCUCUCCAAGGGCCCAAGGCUGCAUCUUACCUCCAAAGUCUCACUUCCUUCGAUUUGAACCAGCUGCUCUUCGGAAAGGCUGCCUUUGUCCCUAUCGAGGGCUUCAACCUCCACGUUGCUCGAGGUGGAUAUACUGGAGAAGACGGUUUCGAGAUCUCAAUCCCACCUUCGCAAACCGAAGAAGUCGCUAGGCUCUUGUCCAAAAACCCUGUUCAGCUCACCGGUCUCGGAGCUCGAGACAGCCUUCGUCUGGAGGCUGGUAUGUGUUUGUACGGCAACGAGAUUGACGAGAACACUGGUCCUGUGGAGGCUGGAUUGACAUGGGUCAUUCCUAAGGAGAGGAGAGAAGCCGGUGAAUUCAUUGGUGCUGAUGCCAUUCGCAAGCAAAUCAAGGAAGGUCCUUCUCGCAGGCGUAUUGGCUUGAUCGUGGAAGGCGCCCCUGCACGACAGGGCGCAAAGAUUGUCGGCCCCGGGAACGAGGAAAUUGGUGUCGUCACGUCUGGAAUUCCUUCACCUACCCUCGGUAAGAACAUUGCCAUGGGAUACGUCAAGAAUGGUCUCCACAAGAAGGGCACCGAGCUCCAGGUGGACGUCCGAAACAGGCUGAGGAAGGCUGUCGUAACACCGCUACCGUUUGUGAAGGCAAACUACUACCGCGGCUGAUGCGGUCUGUAAGCAUAGUAAGGCCAACCUUCGACUUGCCCGCAUAGAAAUUCUAGAUCUAUUCCAUUGUUCUCACUUUUCUUGUACUCACAAUCUCAGCGCGUUUUGAAAGCAAAUG